UUUCCUUGUUCAGUGGUCACAGAGAGAGUGUGGGGGAGGGAGAAAAGCGAAGAGAUUGAAAGGGGGCUAAAACAACUUAGAAAAAACAGUCACCACACAAUCCCUGAGGAAUUAACAGUAAAAGAGCGUGCGCAUCGUGAAUGUGGAGGGCUCGCAUGCAUGCGUGCAUUCAUUCAUUGCUGGAGUUCUGUGAAAGCGAAAAAUUGUGAGGGAGAGCUGGUCUUUGGAUAGCCUGUCCAGUUGGCCACUGUGAAGAAUUAUAUAACCGGUGUGUUCAGGAGUGAUGUAAGAAGGCAUUGGGCGUACUUCUGUUGACGUGCUUCAGUAAAAUGUAGUAUCAUGUACCGGUGUGAACAUUAACUCAGAACUACCCGCUCCGCUGCUCAGGAAAGCCAGCAGAGAGAGAGAGGGAGAGAAAGGGAAAGGACAAGAAGCUAAAGGAGUUAUUCAGUGACCAGAGCAUUGAGGGAUUCUUCGGGCAAGUCUGUAAGUAAAUGAAUUCGGUUCACAGUUUGCUUCCCUCUGAAGUGAAAAAGGAAGAACAAAUCUAUUAUUAAAAGUGUAUUUAAAACAAAACUGAAAAAAACCCACUGCUUCUGCUCUGGACCUGUGGAAGUGUCACCAGCCUGGAACAGCACCAUGUGUCAUGUGAUUGUAACUUGCCGCUCAAUGCUGUGGACUCUGAUGAGCAUCGUGGUGGCCUUUGCUGAACUGAUUGCCUUCAUGAGCGCAGACUGGCUAAUCGGGCGAGCCAAGCCCCUUGUGAACGACAUCAAGGCCAGCGCUGAGCCCUACCGGCCCACCUUGGGCAUCUACGGGCGCUGCAUCAAAGUAGCCAACCUGAAGCGUGUAACCCUCUGCGGUCCGUACGCAGAGAACUUCGGGGAGAUUGCCAGCGGGUUCUGGCAAGCCACUUCCAUUUUCUUGGCAGCCGGACUCUUGCUGCUCUGCACUGUGGCUUUUAUUUCUAUCUUUACAAUGUGCUUUCAGAGCAUCAUGAAGAAAAGUAUUUUUAACGUCUGUGGAUUACUACAGGGAAUUGCAGGUCUUUUCUUGAUCCUGGGCCUGAUGUUAUACCCGGCUGGCUGGGGCUCCCAGAAGGUGCAAGAUUACUGCGGCCACGACGCAUCUCCAUACAAGGUGGGGGAGUGCUCGCUGGGCUGGGCCUUCUACACAGCCAUCGGGGGCACUGUGCUCACCUUCAUCUGUGCCGUGCUGUCCGCACAGGCUGAGAUCGCCACGUCAAGCGACAGAGUGCAGGAGGAGAUCGAGGAGGGCAAGAGCCUCAUCUGCCUGCUGUGAAAGUGCCAGGGAGCCCUCCUCUUCUUCCUCCUCCUCCAUGCCUGGGAAUACGGGAUCCUUCCCAAGGAACACUCCUCCUCCUCCUCCUCCUCACCUCAUCUGAGAAUACAGGAUCUUUCACAAGGAACACUCCUCCUCCUCCUCCUCACCUGGGAAUACGGACUCUUUCACAAGGAACACUCCUCCUCCUCCUCCUCCUCACCUGGGAAUACAGAUUCUUUCACAAGGAACACUCCUCCUCCUCCUCCUCACCUGGGAAUACGGAUUCUUUCACAAGGAACACUCCUCCUCCUCCUCCUCACCUGGGAAUACGGAUUCUUUCACAAGGAACACUCCUCCUCCUCCUCCUGCUCACCUGGGAAUACGGAUUCUUUCACAAGGAACACUCCUCCUCCUCCUCCUCCUCCUCACCUGGGAAUACAGAUUCUUUCACAAGGAACACUCCUCCUCCUCCUCCUCACCUGGGAAUACGGAUUCUUUCACAAGGAACACUCCUCCUCCUCCUCCUCACCUGGGAAUACGGAUUCUUUCACAAGGAACACUCCUUCUCCUCCUCCUCCUCACCUGGGAAUGCGGACUCUUUCACAAGGAACACUCCUCCUCCUCCUCCUCACCUGGGAAUGCGGACUCUUUCACAAGGAACACUCCUCCUCCUCCUCCUCCUCCUCCUCCUCCUCCUCCUCACCUGGGAAUACGGACUCUUUCACAAGGAACACUCCUCCUCCUCCUCACCUGGGGAUACACUCUUUCACAAGGAGCACUCCUCCUCACCAGCUGGGAAUACAGGAUCUUUCCAUCAUCUCUGAUCAGUGUAGAAAGGGAGCACAGCUUUGUUUACCACUAAGACUGACAGCCUGUGGUCCUUAGGCUGCCAUGGCCUUGUUGUUUUUUAGUUUAAUAAUCGUCGUUGUAUGCAGCAUCAGAAAAAAAAGGCUCACCCUGUGUCAAUCCAUUUCUUAAUUGUUCAUUUUUUGGUGUCUGAACAGGUGUGUCAGUCUUGUGCCAACAUAAGCUACAACGACACAACAUGGACUUGUAUAUACCUUGUAAAUAAUGUACAGAACGUGUUGCAUAACAGACUGAUGUUGAAUUUGUUGAAACUGGUAUGAUUGUUGCCAGUCUCAUUUAAUUUUUAUUUUAAUCUAAAAACCAGCAGUUUUGUACAUGUUUUCCCAUGCUAAUAGGGUCAUCGUAUUCUCAAACCACUAUGUGCUAUAAAAACUAAACUUUGGUAACAACUUCAGUGCCCAGCAUUGUGCUCAAAAAAACCUUUUCACAGUUUUUUUAUUCUUUUCCUUUAUGAUGCAUGAUACUACCAACUGGGAUCAGUCAAUAUAUUGGGGCAGCUAUUUGGGUUGGCUGUUGGGUUACCAGUACAAGGUGCUUUGCUGGAGCAAAAGUACAUGACUGAAAUGUAUUCGUUAUCCCUGUGCAGCCCUCCCUUGGCCUGAAAUCAGCUCCUUGGGAUCCGAAUAUAAAAGAUGCUCUGUGCAGGUUCCAAACCAUUCUGUGAAGCAUGGUUCUUCAGAGAGGACCACGCGUCUGGAGCAUAAAGGACAAUACCAGAUAGCGGUGCCAACAGCUACUUCAAAUAGCCUCUGUCUUCAAAUUCUUGCAGGAUCGAAUAUCUUUUUCCCACAUGCCAGAGCUUGCAAAGUUAAAAACAAAAACUAAAAACUAUAUUUCAGCCCCCACCCCACCCUCUGGGACGCCCCGGUGCCGGCUGCUGUCUCUCCCCACACCAGCCAGGGGAUCUGGCCAAGGCUGCCUUCUCUUACACAGGGAUGUGUUUUCCAUCAUUAACUAACUACAGGCUGGGAUUGUAGUUUCCUGGGCAGUCUGCAGCUUGGGGUAGCUAAUGCCAGAAACAAUAGUGCUCUCAAUAAUGUUCUCCCAGCUCAAACGCCUGGGACUGGCUCAAGCAGUCAUUGUUCUGAGUCCUUCAAGCAAGGGUGUGCUGUUAUCAAUGACUGAAUAAGCAGACGUUUUCUGUUUAUUUUGAAUAAGAGGUGAACAGAUGCGUGAGUUUAAGCUGAAGUGGUGUACAUCUGAGAAAAAAAGAAGAAAUUUAAAAGGUACUGUAACAAUAUCUGUUUUAUGGAAAUCUUGACUAUAAUCUAAAGUAGCAUUCCAGUCUUUUAUUCCAAUGUAGUUUUUACCCCACCUCGGUUUUCAUUCUGUGGGAAAGCAAUUACAUAGGCCAGUGCCUGUGUUCAGGGGCUGUGUUGUGUAGAGAUACAAGCAGGUUUCCACACUCUUAAUCAUCAGUGUCAACCCACCUUUACAACAGCUGGUAAACUGCAGAAACCUCCCUCCUCAUAAUUCACUGAAGUAAACGGCAGCUUGUGAUUCCAGUGCUGGCAUAUAAGUGCUGUACCGAACGCUAGAGGACCUGGCUGUAUCAUCUUUUAUUAUUUCCAGAAAGAUGGCUCAGUUCUAAGUGGGUUACUUUUUCUUGUUAACAAGUUUGAGUUGUAAUAAUAAUAAAAAACGAUGCCCCCACCUUCAAAGGAAAUUAAGUUAUGAGAGCCCAAUCAUCAACCAGCUAUUCAGCCUCAAUUUACUGGCUUUCAGUCAACAAUUGGUCACGCUUCAUUUACAAGGUCUCCGAAGUGCCUCGACAUCAGGACAGUGAAAACUGAAAGCAGGAUGGCUCACACGAAUAGUAGAACCAUCUAAACAAAGGCUUACUGUGUUUUUUUCCCCCCAAAGGAAACUGGAAGGUGCAACUGUUUGGUUUAGAGUGACAUUUACAAUGUAAAGAAUGAAAGGGUGAGCACCUUGCUGAGUGAUCCUGCUGAUGUAAGCAGUGUUGUGAAGAGUUCUGCCAGGCAUGCCAGUGAAACAGCGGUUGAACUCAGUUCAGCCUCUAGGGGAGGAAAAAGAAUAUGUUCAGUACAAUAUUUCAGCUUUUUUUAACAAACGAUGGAACUUUUAUGUUGAUUUCUUCGGCCAAGAAUGUCACUACCUUCUAAUUAAAAAGGAAAGCUGGUGUGCUUCUCAAACGGGACACAGUCAUUCUUUGGGUUGCUUUACUGCACAUGUGCGUCCAUUUCAACAGUGUCCUUGGCAAAAUAUAAAAUAACAGAAUUACACUUUUGAAAUCUAAUGUUGGUAUGUUUACAGAAGUCAAAAUUAUAUAUGAAGCAGGUUCCUUCUGCUAGCCAACAGCUUUUAUGAAGCCUUCAUUUCAAAUUGUGUGGAAAAUGGCAGGUGUUCUUGUAUAGUGACUGUAUGGGUCGAUUGUUUUUUUUUUGCCUGAUUGUAAGCAGCUCUGUUGAGCCUGUGUACAACGUCAACUACAUGUUAUAGGAUUAUUUCCCCCCUGCUUUUCCAAUGUGUUCAAUAUCUGUGGUGUGUUUGUUAUUUUUUUUUUAUUAUUAUUUUUUAAUGUAUGUAUUGCAAGGU